GGAAGGGGGAGGGGCUUAUUCAGUCCCAGGUCAUCAGCGAGUGAGUGAAGGAAAGAUCGAAACGGCCGCUUUCUUCAAACGUUAAUUAAAUUGGUGAAUUUUUUCAUACUGAAACAGAACCAAGCAGCAUAUAUAAGAGGGAAUGUGGUCUGAGUCACGAUCGCAAUGUGGCGAAAGAAAUCAACGGGGCCGCUUACAUCCUGAAAGAACACAACAUGCAGACACGCCAGAAUUUCAAAGAGCCGUGCAAGUGAUGCCGAGAAGGCAGGAUUAUGACCAUGGUGGUGAUGGAGGAAGAGGAGGCAGCACAAGCCGUGAAUAUAAUUAUUACAACCAUUCAGAGGAGUAUCGAGGUUAUUCUGCUGACAAUCGGGAUUACGGAUAUGGCCGACGGUUUGGUCCUUCACCCAAAACUGGCUCCUGGGAUGAUGAAAAUUCCAGAUGGCCUAGAGAGGACCAUUCAGGAAACAGACCAUCCGAUUACAGGGGACCCAAGACAAAGAGAUAUGCUACAGCUAACAGGGAUAACUUCAGAAGAAAGAAUUUCUAUUCCUCUCCGCAUGUAAGAGAGCGUUCCCCUCAUAGAAGAGAAACACCAUACUACAGAAGAGAAUCUCCUCACAGCCGUUCUGGAUCAAGCAUCAGCAGCAGAAGCUACUCCCCAGAAAAAAACAAGCAGCCACCUUCCCAUCAAUCCCAAUUCAGCAAAAACAGAGAAAGAUCUUCUGUUUCCUCUUUGACCCCUUCAAGAGAUGCAUCUCCAUCUGGUUCAGUGCUACCAGCUACUUCAAAGAGCUUUGAAAAAUCCAGCAAAACUUCUGAUAACCUGAACAAAGAAGGAGUAAAUGACUGGUGUUCUGAACAGCAGCAGAUUCCAGAACUGGAAAUGCCUGAAUGUGAUACUGUUGAUGCUAUUCAAAUGUUAUUUCCAGAUAAAUUGGAUGACCUAGAGAUGAAUACACGGAGUGCUGUUGACCUUAUAGACCUAAGCCAAACAGAUCUCCGCACCAAAGCAAUUGCUGAGAAAACCAAAGAAAUUGAAGAGGUGUAUAGACAAGACUGUGAAACCUUUGGCAUGGUUGUUCAGAUGCUCAUUGAUAAAGACCCACCAUUGGAAAAUACGAUACAGUUUUCACUGAGAGAAAAUUUGCGUGAAAUAGGAGAAUGUUGCAUUGAAGAACUGAGAAAGUUCAUCACCCAUUAUGAUUCUGCUCCUGUAGAGCACACGCAAAACCUUUAAGUCCACAGUUUGAGUCCAUGAUAAACUGCAUUUGUUUCCCAAGCCCAUUUUAUAGCAACUGUAACCAUUAGUUUACAUGUCCGUUGUUCUGAAUUUAGCAACAGAAGUGGAGUGACUUUGUCUAUUGUUUAAGUAUAUUUAAAUUUAUAGUCUAAGUUGGAAGUGCAAAAUAUAUGUUUAAUAUGUAUGAUGGGCAAUAAAGUAAGUCUAUAUUGACCUCAAUAGUAUAAUCCAUACAUAAUGGUAUUCGUAAUCGGGAGUGUAUUUCUGAGAUCAAUAUGGGUUGAAUUCUUUAAAAGUGUUUCUGUAAAAGUGUAAAUGAACCAUGUAGAAUAUUUCCAAUGGAAAAACUUAAGGGAAUAUCCUAGGCUCAGGAUCUACAGUAGUCUCUUAUUUAACUGCUUGUGAGAAGUUAACCACCAACCCAGUUGGGAAAAUAAAGUUUGAGAGAAUAUGGUG